AACAAAAAAAUGCCGUGUGAAUUCAAAUUCGAACUUCGAAAUUAUACAUUUCGAAACUUUUCGUGUCAGCUUCGGACUCGGGAACUCGCUCUCCGAUGUUUGACAACCACCUUAACUAUGACAGCCACGUCAUCAUACGUGUGUAUGUUUUUGCAUUGUUGUUGGUAGUUUUGUCCGGUUGGCACUUUCACAUUUUCACACAAAAAUUUACCUUUCCAGCACGCGCAAGUUAUUUAUGUGCUUUCGUAUUCUUCGCUAUUCCGAACGAAGAACAUCGUGUUCCGUGCAUUCCAUUUGAGCUUUCAUAUAUAGUUUUCCCACAAGCAGACCGUGUUAAAAGAAAAUGCCUGCUCCAGCUAGUUCCACUUCCGUCGGUAGCGGUAGCCGAUCCCCAUCAAAACCCACGUCGGCACCUAGAUCUGCUGCCGGAGGUUCCAGUACUCUGAAACAGCGCAAAACCACCACCACCACAACCGCUGCGCGAAAUCGUAAUACGGGCACCGGAUCGGGUGGUAUGUGGCGUUUCUACACCGAUGAUUCGCCCGGCAUUAAGGUUGGUCCAGUCCCAGUGCUCGUGAUGUCGUUGCUGUUCAUUGCAUCCGUAUUUAUGCUACACAUCUGGGGCAAGUACACCCGUGCGUAAAAGUCAGCAUCGUACCCAAGUUGAUGUGGAAGAUUCAGUUCUCAUCAUCAUAACCGUUCCCCGGAACACAUCUUCUGCUGUCCGUUUUCUGAAAGUUCAUACGUUCAGUUUCGUCAUCGAUUUGUUACAGCGACUUCCAGAUGGCCGUCUUAACAUACUUGUUUUGUCUUCGCAACCACGGUGGUGGUAACGAUCGGAGUAUAAGACACGGAUCUUAUGGGCUACCGAAUCGUUCGGUUUGAGAGACCCACUAGCCGCUAAUUUAAAAUACUGCAAUUAUGUAGAUCAACGUAAGGCAAUCUUUAUUAUUCGUACUGAGAGACACAAUAUAACUAUAUACAUAAAGUAAA